AUACCAUUUUCGUUCUGGAACACUCCUUUUUCUCUCCCCAAACACUCCUCGAACCUACGAGAGACUCACAGAACACUCCAUCUCAAAACUCUAAACAUUCCCACUUUUUUAAAUUCCCACGCAAAGCCCUUGCUUUUCCCCAUAUUUCCCUUUAAACCCCCAUACUCGCGGGGACGACCUCCGGCCUCACCGUUCAUCUUCGCCGGAAUUCCACAAUGGCCGCUGCGACGUUGUCCUCCGGCGUCCGACUUCGCGUUCCACCACCGUCCAACGGCGGUGACAGAGCCGUUUUGUUUUCUCAGCCACCUCUAUCUGUGAGCUUCUCUUCCAAACCUAUGGCUCUCAAAACCCUAAAUUCGUUGAGAUUGAAUAAGAAGAGCCAUGUGUUUGUCACGAGGAGAGUCGAGCGGUUUAGAAGGAAUUCGAAGUCGUUUGUUGUUCGAUGCGAUGGUUCAACUGGAAGGAUUACACAACAAGAAUUCACAGAAAUGGCUUGGCAAGCUAUUGUUUCCUCGCCAGAGGUGGCAAAAGAGAACAAGCAUCAGAUAGUGGAGACAGAGCAUUUAAUGAAGGCCUUACUGGAGCAGAAGAAUGGCCUUGCUCGCCGUAUCUUCUCCAAGGCCGGGGUUGACAAUACCCGUCUUCUGGAAGCUACCGACAAGUUCAUCCAACGCCAACCAAAGGUUCUUGGUGAGUCAGCUGGUUCAAUUUUAGGACGUGAUUUAGAAGGCCUGCUACAGCGAGCCAGGGACUACAAAAAAGAGUAUGGUGAUUCAUUUGUGUCAGUUGAGCAUUUGGUGCUUGGUUUUACACAAGACAAUCGAUUUGGGAAGCAAUUAUUUAAGGAUUUCCAAAUUUCCUUGAACACCUUGAAAAAUGCCAUACAGGCCAUAAGGGGAAACCAGACAGUCAUUGACCAAGUAUGAAGCAUUAGAGAAAUAUGGCAAAGAUUUGACUGCCAUGGCAAGAUCUGGAAAGCUUGAUCCUGUUAUUGGAAGGGAUGAUGAAAUACGCAGAUGCAUCCAGAUUCUGUCCCGGAGAACAAAGAACAAUCCUGUGCUAAUUGGUGAGCCAGGUGUUGGGAAAACUGCAAUUUCAGAAGGGCUUGCCCAGAGAAUAGUGCAAGGGGAUGUGCCUCAAGCUUUAAUGAACCGAAGGUUGAUAUCCCUUGACAUGGGUGCACUCAUUGCUGGGGCAAAAUAUCGUGGAGAAUUUGAAGAUCGGCUGAAGGCUGUGCUCAAGGAAGUAACUGAAUCUGACGGGCAAACUAUUCUUUUCAUUGACGAGAUCCACACAGUUGUUGGGGCAGGUGCCACUAGUGGUGCAAUGGAUGCUGGCAAUCUCUUGAAGCCUAUGCUUGGUCGUGGAGAGUUGAGAUGCAUUGGUGCAACAACAUUGGAUGAAUAUCGUAAAUAUAUUGAAAAGGAUCCAGCUUUGGAGCGCCGUUUCCAGCAAGUUUAUGUUGAUCAACCUACAGUAGAAGAUACAAUCUCUAUACUUCGUGGACUACGUGAAAGAUAUGAGCUGCAUCAUGGAGUCCGCAUAUCUGACAGUGCACUUGUUGAAGCAGCAAUUCUCUCAGAUCGUUAUAUCAGUGGGCGUUUUUUACCUGACAAAGCUAUUGACCUAGUUGAUGAAGCAGCUGCUAAACUGAAAAUGGAAAUCACUUCGAAGCCUACUGCCCUUGAUGAGAUAAACCGUUCGGUGUUGAAGCUGGAGAUGGAGAGGCUUUCUCUUAUGAAUGAUACUGACAAAGCUUCAAAAGACAGGUUGAAUCGCCUUGAGGCAGAGCUCUCUCUCUUGAAAGAGAGGCAAGCUCAGCUGAACGAGCAAUGGGAACAUGAAAAAACUGUCAUGACACGCUUACAGUCGAUUAAAGAAGAGAUUGACAGGGUAAAUCUUGAGAUCCAACAGGCUGAGCGGGAAUAUGAUCUUAAUCGUGCUGCUGAACUCAAGUAUGGGAGUUUGAACUCUCUGCAGCGCCAACUUGAAGUUGCGGAAAAAGAAUUGGAUGAGUAUAUGAAGUCUGGGAAGUCCAUGCUCAGGGAAGAAGUUACUGGGAAUGACAUUGCUGAGAUUGUCAGUAAAUGGACUGCUCGUACUGUUUCCAAGCUACAACAAUCAGAGAGGGAUAAGCUGCUACAUUUGGAGGAAGAGUUGCAUAAACGUGUUGUGGGUCAAGAUCCUGCAGUGCGGUCAGUUGCCGAGGCUAUCCAGAGAUCACGAGCAGGCCUCUCAGAUCCUCACCGUCCAAUUGCUAGUUUUAUGUUCAUGGGUCCUACAGGUGUUGGAAAGACAGAGCUAGCGAAGGCAUUGGCUUCCUACAUGUUCAACACUGAAGAAGCUCUUGUACGAAUUGAUAUGAGCGAGUACAUGGAAAAACAUGCGGUUUCAAGAUUGAUAGGUGCCCCACCUGGUUACGUAGGGUACGAGGAAGGUGGGCAGUUGACAGAGACAGUUCGCCGGAGGCCAUAUGCAGUUAUCUUGUUUGAUGAGAUAGAAAAGGCCCACUCUGAUGUGUUUAAUGUGUUCCUUCAAAUUCUGGAUGAUGGAAGAGUAACUGACUCGCAGGGUCGCACUGUUAGUUUCACCAACACUGUCAUCAUUAUGACUUCAAACGUGGGGUCGCAAUACAUUCUAAACGCAGAUGAUGACACGAUGCCAAAGGAGAUGGCCUAUGAGACUAUCAAGCAAAGGGUAAUGGAUGCGGCAAGAUCGAUUUUCCGCCCUGAGUUCAUGAACCGUGUCGAUGAGUACAUAGUGUUCCAGCCUCUGGACCGUCAACAGAUAAACAGUAUUGUCAGGUUACAGUUGGAACGAGUGCAGAAGAGGAUAGCAGAUCGGAAGAUGAAAAUCCAUGUAACUGAUGCUGCUAUUGAACUCCUUGGAAGUCUUGGGUAUGACCCCAACUAUGGCGCUAGGCCAGUCAAACGGGUGAUCCAGCAGAAUGUCGAAAAUGAACUUGCAAAGGGCAUCUUGAGAGGAGAAUUUAAGGAUGAGGACAACGUGCUAAUAGACACAGAAGUUACAGCGUUUGCAAAUGGGCAGCUUCCCCAGCAAAAGCUGGUCUUCAAGAGGUUGGAACCUGGUUCAGAUACUCCUGCAGAAACCCAAGAAGCGUUUUCACAGACUCUCUGAGUCACUCUUUGUAGUGAGGAUACCUUUAUUUAUUUACCUCACGACAGAGUUUACAAAGCCAUGAGAUAUAAGGCACCUAUUUUUAGUAUUGAAUUUUGUUUAGUCUUUGUAUAAAACACCUCUCUUAUAGCAGGCUGAUGCUUUGAAUGGAAGGAUAUUCUUACAGAAUUUCUUUUUGGCAGA